AUGGACGUCGAUAAUAUCCUCACGGUGCCUAAGGUGGCUACCUGGUGUAAGGGUGUAGUAGCUAAGCUUACUCGAGCUACAAGCAAUCCCUUGAUGCAGAAAUAUCUUGGGUAUGUUUCCCAGCGACUAGAUGCAGGAGAGUAUACCUCCCCAUCACAGUACUGGGAUGAGCUGUAUCGAAGUAUCAAUGCUGUGGAGGAUCCCGUAAAUCAAGGACGGCUGAACCCCACAAUAGAGGAGGAUAAGGUCACCUUCAGAGGUUUUGAGACUGUGUACAGCUUAGCAGCAUUGGAUCCUGACGACAGAGCCAUCUAUUUCGAGAGUUGGUUCACAGAGGAUGUCGAUCAUUCCCGAGCAGGAGCAUCUGAAGUGAAGGCAGCUCUAGCGGAGUGUGAUGUAUUCUUCAAGGAUAUGUCAGAUGAAGAUGUGGAUAAAUGCAUCGAUAUAGUACGGAGGAAUGCUGGAAAAUUCCCCGUUGACUCGCGUCACUUCUUGGAGUCGUUCCCUGCACCUGGUACCAUGCAUUACUCACGUCGGAAGGCAGCUGACAAGUCCAAAGAAGGGAUUGUAAUAGGUGAUGGUACAUUAUCCGAUGAGGAGAUGGUAGAGAGGAGAGUGAAGUCUGCCAUGAGUAAAAGGCUUACUGCUGAGGAAUUACGAACAGAUAUAGAGCGGACUAUGGACACUGAAUUGAGGGCAAGCUACGGUCCUUUGUACACUACACCAUCGGGGGCUCUAGUGAGGGAUGUGUAUCGGGAACCAAUUGAGAAGGAUGAACCGAAGAGUAGCAAUGAUACAGACAUUAAAACAGCUAACGAUGGCAACAGCAGCAGUAGUAAAGCCAAGACUACAGCUGAGUUGAGGGCUGAGGCAAUAGAGACAUAUAAACAGAGGAAGGCAGCCUAUUAUGAGGCAUGCCCAUUGAGUCUUGAU